CAGAGGAGGUUACUCAGCAAUGAGUCAACUUGUAAAUCAGCAUGCGAGCGAAGAAGAAGCGCGGCGAGACGCACUGGAUGAAGACGGUGAUAUCGUCCGGCACGCUGGCCGACAGGAUGGCCGCGUUGACGCUGCUGCUGCAGGACGCUCCCGUCCACAACCACAUCACCAUCGAUAUGCUCGUCGGCAUGGCCAACAAGAAGGGACGGCGCGAGUCCAUAAUGGCGCUCGACACGAUAAGGGACCUAGUGCUCUCGGAGCUGCUGCCGGACGGCUGCAAGCUGAAGUGCUUUGACCAGCAUCCGCUGCUGUGUCUGGACGAGUUGUCGAGCGGCAACAGAGACGUCGCUGACAGACGCCUCAUCAUCUACCAGUUCGAACAUCAGCUGAAGCAGCAGUACGCCAACCUUGUCGAAACCCUCAAGAAACUAUCAUUUGAUAAUCUAAAGGCAGUGAAAACAAAAGCAUUGAGGACAGCCUAUGAUCUUUUAAUAAACAAACCAGAACAAGAAAAGGAAUUAUUAUCCAUACUGGUGAAUAAACUUGGAGAUCCAGACCGUAAAGUAGCAGCCAACUGUUGUCAUCUUCUAGGACAGCUAGUCGAUCAUCAUCCGAACAUGAAGUCUGUGGUCGUACUGGAAGUGGAGCGAGUACUCUAUAGACAAAAUAUAUCUUCCAAAGCACAGUACUAUGGCAUGUGUUUCCUGAACCAGCUUGUACUGGAUCGGCAGGAGGGAGACCUAGCUUCAAGGCUCAUCUCUCUGUACUUCUCCUUCUUCCAGUCUAUCGUAAAGAAAGGCGAAGUUGAUAGCAAGAUGCUUAGUGCACUGCUUACUGGAGUGAACAGGGCCUUUCCUUACACAAAGAAGAACAGUGAGAAGGUUGUUGAGCAAGUGAACAUGCUCUACAAAAUCGUUCACGUGUCGAACUUUAACAUCAGCAUUCAGGCAUUGAUGCUUCUCCACCAGCUUCUAGACGCCAAUGAGAACCUCUCUGAUCGCUUCUACACGGUUCUGUAUAAGAAGCUUUCCGAACCUGGCCUGAAGACUUCCUCCAAACAGAUGAUGUUCCUCAACCUGGUGUUCAAAAGCAUGCUGAAAGAUGUGGUGGUGAAGCGGUUGCAGGCAUUCCUAAAGCGUCUGCUGCAGAUUUCUGCAUACCAAGCGCCAAACUUCAUCUGUGGAGUUCUGCUUCUUGUUUCUGAGUUGCUGAAGAAAAGGCCAGGCACUUUGUCCCUAAAGGCACCAUGCAGCUUUGAGGAUGACGAUGAGGAGGAAAAGUUCAUAGAUGUCGAUAUAGCUGAAAACGAAGACAAUCCGGCAGAUGUCAAAGUCGCAGCGAUUAGUCAACCUGGUAGUGACGUUGACGACAAAUCUCCUGUUUUGCCCGCGAUAGAACAACAGGAAGCUUCUGAGAAGGUUGCUCAAAAGCCCAAUGCCUCGUGGGUACACAAGCGGAACAUCCAAGGGAGAGUCUUGCAAUUGCAGGAUUAUGAUGCAUACCAGAGAAAUCCACAGUAUGCGGGAGCUGAGUACACAUGUAUGUGGGAGUUAGUGAAGAUGGCGCAUCACUUCCAUCCAUCGGUCGGUCUGUUCGCGCGUGACGUGAUCAGCGGUAAAGGUGUAAGCUACUCUGGAGACCCACUGCAGGACUUCACACUUAUACGCUUCCUCGACCGAUUUGUCUACAGGAAUCCAAAGAAAACGAAUAAAGGUGAAACUGCAGACGUCAUGGUGAUGCGUGCCAAGAAACAGACACGCGGGCUCGGAGAAGGAAAGGCUGUUCCUGUCAACACGGCCGAGUUUCUGAAGAGAGGAGAGGCCAACACGCCCGUUGACGAGCAGUUCCUGUACAGGUAUUUUAGCAAGAAAGCAGAUCAGAAAAAGGAUUUGGACAACGUCAGCGAAGGAGAAAGCAUAUCAGAUGAUGAGUUUGACAAAUUACUCGAUAAGAUUGAGCCGGGCUCACGCGCUAGAGAUGACUUUGAUAUGGACUUUGCUAGCGAGUACAGUAAAAAGUUGAAGCAGUUGAAAAAGCAAAAGGCAGAAGCUGAGCUGUCAGAGAGCAACGAUGACGAUGACGAUGAUGACGAUGUUGACUUUGGUGAAGACUUCAUGGACGACUUCCAGGAUUCUGAUCUGGACGAACUUCAGAAAGGUGGCGCGGAAAUGGAAUUCAACGAGGAAGACGUUGCCUUCUCGGACGAUGAUGGAUUAUUUGUGCCUAAGAAAAGUAGCAAGAGGGAUGCGACUGAUGGUGGCUACCCGAUGCCCAGCAUGAAGAAAAAACGCAAAAAGGAUGAAAAUCUUUUUGCUGCAGCUGAGCAGUUUGCUAGUAUAAUGGAUGACAAUGCAGGUUCUAAGGUCGAUACAUCAGGUUCUGAAGCUCUUGCUAACAAAGAUAAAGCAGAUGCAAAGCAGUUGAAGUGGGAGAUGAACAGACACAGGUGGGAGGAAGGUCGCGACUGGAAGAGCAAGAAGCGGGGAAUGCGAGGGGCCAGAGGAAGGCAGCUUGGAAAGUCGUCACGGCAAGGACACAAGAAAGUGUUCCAGAAUAAGCGAAAGUAGAUGAUAGGGGUACGUUUGGUAUAUAGUUGAAUUGUAGUACCGUGGGAAUCACUCUUAUCUGAAGAUUGUUGGGCUUCUCUUUGGAGAAAUUAACUAAAUAGUUACCAGAUUUCUAGAUCUACUAGAUCUAUGAUACAACUGAGAAAUUAAAAAAACGAAUAUAAUUGUUGUUUGUGCUGUGAAAACCAGAAAUCCCAAUAUCAUGGAAUUGUGGCAUAAAACACUGUUGGUCGAGUUAGUCACCACAACAGUGUUGUUUGUACACUUUAUUAAUAUGAAUUAUAACGUGGCUUGAGUGGAAUGUAGAUGAAUAAAAUAUUUUUUUCAUAUUAACAUA